AUGGCGAUUUUAUCGUCGUCGACCUCAUCAUCAUCCUCGGCGAUGCUGCAGAAAGGAAUCGUUGUUACUGUUCCAGUUCUGGUUCUAUCCGCGUUGUCUUCGGCGGUUAUCUUCUUCACCCUAUCGUUUUUUCUGUCUUACUGCUCAUGCCCUUCAUCUUUACCCUCCCAGAACGACGCGGUUCUCGCUCCCGCUGCCGUCGGCGGCGGCGGCGAUGUGAGGUCGGAGGAGAGGAUAUCGACGUCGCAAGAGGAUAUCGAUUGGGUUAAAAAUUUGAUUAAAUCGAACGGUUUGCACAUGCAUGAUAAUGUUCUCCGGAAAGGUAUCAAUCCUCGCACAAGAGAACAGCAGCUCCAAGAUCUUUCACAGUACAAAGGCGUAUCGCAUUACGAAGGAGAAGAAGAAGCAAGCAACCACACAGCUCUUCCAUGCCCUGGAGAGUUACUUGUUGAGGAGCAUCACAGCAACUACGGUGAGCCAUGGGCUGGAGGGCGUGACGUGUUCGAGUUCUUAGCCGAAGCAUCACAGCUGAAACCUAACGCUAGAGUCCUGGAAAUAGGAUGUGGUACGCUUCGUGUUGGUUUGCAUUUCAUCCGGUAUCUCAAUUCCGGGAACUUCCACUGCCUUGAGAAAGACGAGCUUUCUCUAAUGGCUGCGUUGAGGUACGAGCUUCCUUCUCAGGGUCUUUUGCACAAACGGCCUCUUAUCGUUAGAGGGGAUGAUAUGGAAUUCAGCAAGUUUGGGCCAGAUGUUGCCUACGAUCUUGUAUACGCGAGUGCGGUGUUUCUCCAUAUGCGUGAUGAGCUUGUUUGGACUGGACUUGAGAGGCUGGUGGGGAAGUUGAAGCCUUACAAAGGGAGGAUAUUUGUGUCGCAUAAUAUAAAGUUUUGUACGCGUUUGGGAGGAGAUAAAUGCAAUGAGAGGUUAGCGAGCUUGGGACUUGAGUCACUUGGGAGACAAACACAUGAUAGUUUGCUGUUUAAUCACUACGAGAUCUGGUUCGGGUUUAGGCGGAUCAAAGGAUGA